AUGUCCUUCUCCGUGAAGCCCUUGCCCCGGAUCGCCUGCUUCCACGGCGGUGGGAGCACAGCGUCCAUCUUCAAGGUGCAGUGCGACCAGCUCCAGAAGCUCCUCGCGAGCACGUACGAGUUCGUCUUCUUCGACGCGCCCUUCGAGCGGGAUGCCGGACCCGGUGUCCUCCCCGCUUUCAAGUUCGAGGAGUUCGGGCCGUACCGCACGUGGUUCUCCCGAUCCAGCGCGGACGUGGAGAGGGGGGAUGGGAGAGGGCCCGACGGGAGGGGGGAGGGCGGCGUGGAGAGGGCGCUGAGGCUGAUUGCGGACGAGGGGGGCGAGGGCGAGUGGGCUGGCGUCAUGGGAUUCAGUCAGGGCACGAGGGUCGUCGGGGGAAUCUUGCUGGAUCAGCAGAAGAGGAAGGAGAUGGGUUUGCCCAAGGCGGAGGGCGAGCUGGAGUUUCGUUUUGGCAUCCUGUGUAUGGGAGGGGCUGCUCCGAUGGUUUCCGAUGUGGUGCAUGCUUCGUACUCGGAUAGUUUGAUUAACAUCCCCACGUUGCAUCUCCAUGGCACGAAGGAUGGCAAUUUCGAGAACGGGAAGAAGCAGUGGAAGACUUAUUACGAGGAGAGUUCGACGACUGUGUGGGAUAUUGAUUACCACCACGCGAUGCCCUGGUAUCGCGCAGACGUGUUGAAGUUUGUGGAUCUGGUUCGGAAGUUAGACGCAGAUACGCAGGCGACUGUUUGA